CACGGUAACAGCGAGCUUGUUUGUUCUUUACGUGAUCCCCACCCGGAUCCGUGGUCCUUCCGCUCCACGAUGUCCCUCAUAUAUUGUGCCGAGCCUCAUCAAGUCAUGAGGCCACGGCUCACGGCCGUGGAGUCGAUAUGAUCUGACUCGAACUAGCCACGCCGAGCUUGGGGAAGGACUCGAGUUCGCGACAUGCGGGUUGUCGCCAGCGACCAGACGGAUCCUUCUUAUAACCAUGAUCCUAACCCACCCUGCGACCCUCAGAGGCAGAGUCCAGGUCUUGGUUGACAACGGGGCUCCGACGAGUAGUUUGUCCACUCGCUCAACUCUUCGCCACCAUGCAGUAUUACGGCCUCCUCGCCAUCGUCCUUGGACUUGCCAUCACGGUCCACGCGGCCCCUUCUGUCAUCCUGGAACAGACAAAAAGGAUACCGCCUGGCUGGUCCUUCCAGGGCAACGCCAAUGCCUCUGACAAAAUCACGCUUUUCGUUGCCCUGAAAGAGCCAGGGAUCGAGGAACUCAAGGCCAAGUUGCACCAGCGCCAAAACUCCAACCACCCGUCGUUUGGGCAGCACCUGAGCCGGGAUGAAGUCCUGUGGCAUCGCCAGCCACCCGAUGCGACGGCCCGUGCCGUGAGCAGCUGGCUGAAGUCGAGCGGGAUCCGCGACCUCAAUAACCAGGGCGGCCUCAUUAGCUUCGACGUGUCCGCCAGCGCCGUCAAGUCGCUCUUCCAGGCCGACCUGGGUUACUACGCCUACAAUGGCAGCGAUUCCGAACCCGUCCUGCGAGCGCUUUCCUACACGAUCCCUUCCUGGUUGCGCGAUUACAUCGACUUUGUGCACCCCCUCACCAACUUCAUGCCGCCGCGCCCACGCCGCGGCCAUCGUCGACGUCCCAAGCCAAGGCCAUGGCCCUGGAAUCCUAAGCCCACCACUAGACCGUCCCCAUGGACACUUAUUCCAACCAAGUCCGCAAUCAGCCUCCCCACUUCAACUCGAGUGCCCUCCCACGAGGAGCUGUUCCCCAACCUCCCCUGCUUCGCCGCCACCGUACCGGACUGCAUUAAGAAGCUCUACAACAUGUCCUACACCCCGGCCGCCAAACCAGCGUCCCCCGUCCGCCUGGGCAUAGCCGGCUUCCUCGAGCAAUGGAUCCUCCACUCAGAUGUCGACCUCUUCCUCGACAUCAUGGCCCCCCUCCUACCGCCCACCUACAACUUCACCGUCGAGCUCAUCAACAACGGCACCAACCCCCAAGACUCCCCCAGCAACGCCGGCAUCGAAGCCUCCCUCGACGUGCAAUACGCCAUGGGCCUCGCGUACCCGUCGCAGAUAAUCUACUACGUCACGGGUGGCCGGGGCACCAAACUAGACGCCAUGACGGGCGAAGCCUUCCCGGACUCGGAAUCCGACAACGAGCCCUUCCUCGAGUUCCUCGACCACGUGCUUUCCAAACCGGACUCGGAGAUCCCGCACGUGCUCAGCAUCUCGUACUCGGACGACGAGGUCAGCGUGCCGCGGGCGUAUGCCCACCGCGUGUGCGACCAGUUUGCGGCGCUCGCCGCGCGCGGCGUGUCGGUGCUGGUCGCGACGGGCGACGGCGGCGCGGCCGGCACGGGCAAGACGCAAUGUUUCUCGCGCGAGCUGCAGGCCAAACGCUACGUGACAACCUUCCCCGCGGACUGUCCGUACGUCACGGCGGUGGGCGCGACAGAUAACGUCGCGCCGCCUGUCACGGGCGCGGCGUUCAGUUCGGGCGGGUUUAGCGACUUCUUUGCGCGGCCCGAGUGGCAGGAGGAGGUGGUGAGGGGGUACGUGGAGGGGUUGAAGAAGCGGAACGAUACGACCCGGUUGGCGCUGUUCAAUCACACCGGCCGGGCGAUGCCGGAUAUUAGUGCCAUUGGGUCCGGGUUCCAGAUCCUCAUGGGCGGCGAGAACGGGCAGGUGUAUGGGACGAGCGCGAGCACGCCCGUCGUGGCGGCCAUGGUGGCGCUGGUGAAUGAUGCGCGGAUGAGGGCCGGCAUGCCGAGUCUCGGGUGGCUGAACCCGCUGCUGUACUCGGGCAGGGUCAAGAAGGUGUUGAGGGAUGUGACGGUGGGCGAGAGCGCCGGGUGUCGGUUCCCGGAUGGAACGAGAGCAGAUGGAUGGCUGGCGGGCGAGGGAUGGGACGCUGUUACCGGUCUGGGUGUGGUGGAUGACUUCAGUGACUUCCUUGCUGCCCUGUUGUAG